GUCAUAAGCGUGCGGCCAUCUUUUUAUCUGUAAACGGCAUGACAUUGAGUCGGCAGAGACCACUUGUUGUUGUUUUGUUUCAUUCUUUUAAUAUUCCAAUCGUUUGUGUUUUGUGUUAAAGACCAUUCCAUCUCAUUUCAAUACCAAACGCGAUGAAAGGUAUUUGAAGUGACGGGGCUCGUUUGACAUCAUUCGACAGUUGAAAUAUUCUUCGCUUUGUCGUCGAUAUACGCCGCUGUUUUAGGCGUGUGUGACGCCCCAUUUUCUUCAUUAUUUUUUUUUGUAUCGUCGGUCGAUCGUCUUCGUCAAUCGCCAGUUUCGAGACAAGUUUGGAAGUCGAAAAUUCCGAAACACAACAAGAGGAAGGAAAAGUCACCCUUCAAUAAAACUGCAAGUUUCUUCUUCUCAUCGUAGCAUGAAGAGACCCGCCUCCGAAGUUCUUUACGCCUACACCUUGUUGCAGCAGCCUCUCGCCAUCAUGGACGUCAUGCAGCGUGGUUCUGAGGAACUGGCCAUGAGCAACGGCGCUGUACUCAGCCCCCAAUCCAAUCACGCCGAUAACAACAACGACGCCAAGAAGGUCAAACUGGAGCCGAGAAGUCCAGCCAAACCGUCUAGGGUCGUCCAUAUCCGCAACAUCCCCAACGACGUGACGGAGGCUGAAAUCGUCCACCUGGGCAUUCCGUUUGGACGCGUCACCAACGUUCUCGUCCUCAAGGGCAAAAAUCAGGCGUUUUUGGAGAUGGCGGAUGAAGGUGCUGCAAUUUCGAUGGUCAAUUACUUUAGCAGCGGAACGUCGGCUCAGCUGCGUGGCCGCAACGUCUUUGUCCAGUACUCUAACCAUGUCGCCCUCAAGACGGACCAGUCCCACUCUAACGCUAGUGCUGCUGCUCAAGCUGCUCUCCAAGCCGCUCAAGCCCUUGCCGGCCAGACGGAGACUCAAGGCGGACCCAACACCGUCCUCCGCGUCAUCGUCGAGCAUAUGGUUUACCCCGUCACCCUAGAUGUUCUCUUUCAGAUCUUUUCCAAAGUCGGACGGGUGCUGAAGAUCGUCACUUUCACCAAGAACAAUACAUUCCAGGCCCUGAUCCAAUAUCCGGAUGUUGUCACUGCACAGGCGGCUAAACUGACGCUGGACGGACAGAAUAUUUACAACUCUUGCUGCACGUUGCGCAUCGAAUACUCUAAAUUGAGCAGCCUCAACGUCAAGUACAACAACGACAAGAGCCGCGAUUACACUAACCCCACGCUGCCAACUGGCGACCACAAUUUGGACGCUUUCGCCAUGACUGAUUAUGAAUGUGCGUGGUCGCUGUUAGGUGGCGCCGGAGUGCUGGCCUCCCCUUUCCAAGCCAUGCAUGGCCUCGCAUCGCCCUUAACCGCAGCUUACGGCUCUGCAUCGGUCGGAGGUGGCGGAGGUGAUUUCAUCUUACCAAGUGGUUUCAGUUUGCCUGGAGGUUCGGCUUCGGCCGCUUUGGGUCCAGCAGCUCUUCGUCUUUCGGGCCAGCAAUGUUCGUCUGGAGCCGUCCUGCUCGUCUCGAAUCUCAACGAGGAGAUGGUCACGCCUGAUGCUCUCUUCACUCUCUUCGGUGUUUACGGUGAUGUCCACCGGGUGAAGAUCCUGUUCAACAAAAAGGAUACGGCCCUUAUUCAAAUGGCCGAACCGCAUCAAGCCCAACUUGCGAUGACUCACCUGGACAAGUUGAAACUUUACGGCAAACAGUUGCGAGCUAUGCCGUCUAAGCACCAGGGCGUCCAGAUGCCCAAAGAAGGACAACCGGAUGCCGGUCUGACCAAGGACUUUAUCAACUCGGCUCUUCAUCGCUUCAAGAAGCCCGGCAGCAAGAAUUAUCAGAAUAUCUACCCCCCUUCAUCUACUCUCCAUCUGUCGAAUAUUCCGCCGAAUGUCACUGAGGAGGAGAUUAAAAAUGCCUUCACCGCGGCUAACUUUGCCCCACAGGCCUUUAAAUUCUUCCCUAAGGACCGGAAGAUGGCGUUGAUUCAACUUGGUAGCGUCGAAGAAGCCGUUGCUGCUCUUAUUAAAAUGCACAACUAUCAGCUCAGCGACUCGAGCCACUUGCGAGUCUCCUUCUCCAAGUCGACCAUUUAAACAAAACAUUUAAAAAAUCAACCAACAUCAACAAAAGCACACGUACACAAAAAUGUCCCGAGAAAUCGAACAAACAAAAAAAAAACACGCGCAUCUGGAUUCAAAUAAGAUCCCUUCGAUAUAAUAAUUAUUUUUUUUUAUCGUGUGUGUGUGUGUGUGUCGUUGAGAGAGAAAGUGUUCAAAAAUGCGCCCUGCCGGAAGUCUCUGAAGCGCGUUGCACAAGUCCCCCCCAACCUGUCUCUUCCUUUAUAUUUAGAACCAACAAAAUAUUGAAAAACAUUUCUACCAUUAGAUUUAGUCCUUCCUUUUUUUUCCUCCUUCUUAAAAGGGGGAAAAGUUCGUACAUAAAAGAUACGAUUUGCUGCUUUGAGGCUGAGCCUCAAUCGCACAAAAGACUACGAUGACAACAAGAAAACUACCACAACCACCACUUCUUCUAUCGCCGCUCUUUCUCCUUUCUUCCUCCCGUCUCUUUUUUUAGUGGUUUGAUUUUGUUUUGGUUCCAUUUCGAUGUCACGCCACAAUCGCCUCUCGUGUCCACUCGUGUGCACCCCGUACACCUUUUUGUGUGUCUGAGUGUGUGUGUGUGUGUUAAUUGGGGGCUCAAGGAGGAGAAACUUUUUUUUUGUCAUUUAAUUGUGUGGAAUUCUCCCCCGAAAAUGUUUUUUUUUUCUUCACUUCCGACAUACUCGACAAGUAAAAACGAACAAAUCACAACAACAAAACUGUGGACAACCCUUUACACACACAUCCCCUUACCACUACACCUGACUACCCCCUACCCUCUCCCCUAUUAUUUUCGCUUACGUUGGUAUAAUAUUGGCUGUGCGAGAGCAGAUAGACACAUCUGAUUUAGAAUUUAGAAUAUUGUCGCCCCCCCCCCCCCCCCAGCCCCAGAAAAUGUGUUUUGUGUGUCGGUACGAAAGGCAGACCUCUCAACUACACUCCUAUACCCACCAUAUACUACCCCGUCCCUACUACUACACACAUGAAAGAAAAACAUAUGAAUUUGAAGAAACAUUAAAAAAAAAAGAAAAUCAGAAAAAAAUAAGGGAAUUUAAGAUCUAUUUUUGCAAGUGACUUUGUACAUCUCUCCUUUCUCUCUUAGUGCGCCUCUUGUUUUGUUUGAUUUUUAUGGAGGUUACAGAAAAGAAACAUAUUUUUUGCCCCACAUUUAAAUCACCAGGCGGAAGAAGAGGUUUAAUUCAUUGGGCGGGGUGAUUCUAGGUAUCUUUUUGUUUAACACACACGAGUGGGGGAGGGAAUUUAAUUAUCGAUUUGUUUCGCAACAUCAUAUCGUUUGGAAAGUGUGUGCGUGUGUGUGGCUUCAUUUUUUUUUUCACUCUCAUUCUCACUCUUCCAGACUUUUUCUUUUGUAUUUUCUGGAUCGACCUUUGGAAAAGCACAUCUGCAAUUUUCUCGUCUCUAUCUACUCUUUCUCUCUCUCUCUCUCUCUACUCUUUGUCUCCAACUUAUUUUCCCACCCUCUUUCUAUAUCAAACAUUUCCCUCACUUUUGCUUGCGAAUUAGCUUAAUAUGUGUUGGGGGUUGUCUUGUAUGUGUUCUGAUUUUUUUUUCUAUCUAUUACAUCUUCUUCUUCUCGCUA